AUGGGGGGAAGUAGAAAUGGCAGUUCGCAGGUGAAUAAGGGGGGAGGUGGGGGCUCGAGUAAAGGCUCCAAGGGGGGGAGUAGCAAGUCCGCCAUGAUGAUAACACCCAUUGGGGAGGAGGAUACUCCGCCAAAGGUGGAUGAGACGAUGGCUGCCGCUGGCGGUUCAGGGGAGGUAACUGGAGGCGGUUCCGCAGACGGUGCCACGAUUGCUACCAACACGAAUAGUAAUCCCACCAUUGCUACAACGACGAUUACUACUACGACGGGGGGUAGCACCACGGCCAUUGCGCCCAUUUGCAGCCUUCCCCCCAUUGGUAGUAAAGCGGCCAAGGGGGGAAGCAAGACAAACACGAAGGGGUCGAGCAGCUCCAGGAGCAAGGAGAAGGGUUCCGCCAGUGUGGCAAACAACUCGGCUAACCCCACUGGAAGUGGUAGUAAAGCAGUCAAAGGGGGAAGCAGCAAAGCGAGAAGCACGGGGAAGUCCCUUAGUUCGUUAUCCAAGUUUAACGACUCCUACGCGCUGAUAUUCCCAAAUGCAUUACCAGUGAAGCAAGUCAUGUGGGGUCUGGAUCCCCUGAACAAAGUUUGGAGGUAUUGUUCCAUUGUGUAUGCAAGGCCAAAAAAUAAAAGCCUGAACGAAGUGAAUUUUUUCUUCCCUUUAAAUUUGAGUAAAAAUGAAAUAAUGAGUAAAUUAUCUACGGAGCUGAGCACAAGCACAACACAAAUGAAUGAGUGGGACUAUGACUACUAUGUCCAUUGGGAGAAGUUCGAUAGACGUCUAGACUGUUGGUUGGCGUAUAAGAAUUUGCGUCUUCUGGAAGAAGAACCAGACGAUGGAUUACCAUGUGUACGACAAAUGGAAAAUGAGGAAUCAGACCAUGAUGAUCACCACGCAGGAAUUGAUAAGGAAUAUUUAAGAGAACAUGAAGAAAAUACAAAACUGAAAACAAUAAACCAAAUAAAAUUUGGAAAGUACCUAAUUGAUACGUGGUACUUUUCUCCCUACCCGAAGGAGUACCAAAAUAUAGACAUCCUAUAUAUAUGCGAGUUUUGCUUAUCUUUUUUUAAAGAAAAUGAAGAGCUACUUAGACAUACAGAAAAAUGUGAAAUAAGACAUCCCCCCGGGAAUGAAAUAUAUCGAUGCGAAAAAAUUUCCAUUUUCGAAAUUGAUGGAAGUUAUUUUCGAAUUUAUUGUGAGAACUUAUGCUUUCUAUCGAAGCUAUUCCUGGACCAUAAAACAUUAAAGCAUAGGGUGAAUUUAUUCCUUUUUUAUGUCAUUACGGAGUUUGAUAAAUUUGGCUACCAUAUUACGGGAUAUUUUUCUAAGGAGAAAUAUUCGAAGAAUAAUGUGUCUUGCAUUUUGACGCUGCCACAACAUCAGAAGAAGGGUUAUGGGAAAUUUCUCAUCAAUUUUAGCUACUUUUUAUCCCAAAAGGAGAGACGUACUGGUACGCCGGAGAGACCCCUAUCUGACCUGGGGGUUGCGUCUUACAUGGCUUACUGGUAUGAGACACUACUUAAGGUGCUGGUAAAUUACGAGCAGUUAUCCAUUCAGGAGUUGUCUGAAAUUACCAGUAUUGAGACCAAUGAUAUUAUUUCCUGCCUUGAGGAGAAGGACAUAUUUAAAACGAUGGCCAAUGGGGGAGAGUCCGUGUACUACAUAAACCCGCAACAGCUGGAGUUUGUUCUCGCCAAGGUGGGUCAAAAAAACUACGAAUUGUGUAGGAGCAAACUCCACUGGGUUUCUUACGAUUAUUACUUGGCCAUGUACGAGUAG